CCUCUCUUGGACAGAGCUCAAUUAACAGCAACAUCUUCCUUGCCAGAAAGAGGACCGAACAAUGCUAGGCUAAAUGUUACAAAUUCUGCUAAUACUAUGCGAAAUUCCUAAAGAAAAAAAAGAAGUGAUGGUAAGAGUCAAGAAAUUUAAUUAGUACUAUAGCGGACACUGCCCGCUGCGACGGUCACGCUCAAUUACAAGAAUUAGGUGAGCCAAUAUAUGCUCACUCCAUGUAUGACGCACCGUCCUCCAAUCGUUCGUCUCGUCAUUUUAUACUCAUCUCGUCAUAUAGUAUUUUAAGUGGAAAUACUUAUAGCAUAAUAACAAUCCCUUAAAUUAGAGAUGACACGAAUGCAGCAUAAUAAAUUUAUAUUUGCUUCAGGUGGAUCCUAGCAAGUAGCCUGGAGAGUAUCUACAAAAAAAAAAAAAAAAAAAAACCAAGGAGCUUUCGAAAAGCGUUGCUUUUAUAAUCAGAGGCGUAUGAUCUAAGAAAUAUAACCAACUGUGAUUCCAGAUUGGCCAAAGAGUGGAACGCGCGAGUUGUGAUUAAGCGAUUUAAUUGGUUAUGCUUAACGCUAAUAUCAUUAGAAUGUCGUCGUCCGUUCGUUGGGCAUUUAAUUGGAAAGAGUGGAACCCGAACGAGCGGGAAUUUGGGCAGGCGGCUUCCUGUAUACAGGUCGACGAGAAGGAAAGGCUAAAGAGAUUUGUAUUUCGCAAGGAUGUCCGCGCUUCCCUUGUUGGUAGAUUAUUAAUGAGAAAGUUCGUAAAUGAAUACACCGAUCUUCCGUACGACAAAAUCACUUUCGUCAGAGACGAGAAUAACAGGCCUGUAUUGAGACAUUCCGUCGCCGUGAGUUUCAAUGUUUCUCAUCAAGGUUCAUACACGGUAUUAGCGGGCGAGGCUAGGGACGUGAAAAUGGGUGUAGACGUUAUGUCGUUAGAUUAUAGCGAGCGCAAAAGCAUUCCCGAUUUCUUUCGUCUGAUGAACAGACAUUUUUCGACGGCCGAGUGGGAGGAGAUCAAAGAUUCGGGCAAAUCGGAAGCGGAGCAGAUGUUCAUGUUUUAUAGGCAUUGGGCAUUAAAAGAGAGCUACGUUAAAGCGCUCGGUGUGGGGGUUUUUGCUAAUCUAGGGAGUAUAGAUUUUCAAACGAAAUCGGGAUUAAGUGAGGGUUCGAUCACAACCGAUACGGUCUUGCAUGUCAACGGGAUCAAGCAACAAAAUUGGUUAUUCGAAGAGACUUUGCUCGAUUCGCGACACUGCGUUGCCGUAGCGUUGCAAGAAAACGGCUCAUCACGAUUACACAAUAUCCCAUUCGAAAUAAUGAAUUAUGAUAAGCUUAUGACGCACGCGGUUCCAUUAUUUCCAAUAGAUUCGCAAUACACGAUUCAAUAUUUCGCUAAAUAUGAACAGCCAUAGUUCUAUUAAUUAUUUAUAAGAUAAUAUCGCCACGCGUGAAAGUAAUGUUUUUUAA